AUGGUUUCUUCCUCACAGCUGCUUCUCUUGGCCCUCCUGGGUCUGACCGCAGUUAGUGCCACUCCGGUAGUACAGCAGGCGGGCAGCGAGCAGUUUACCUCGGCGGUGUCCCACUUUCUGCAGGCCUUUAAGAGCAUCAUGCCCUGCGGCUAUGGAGACGUUCCCGUGCUGGCCCCCAUCGUAAGCCCAUUUUACGAAUUCAACGUCACCCGCGAAGACUUCACCGCUGUGGGCAACGUGACCAAUAUGCGCAUUCAGGGGCUGGACAGCUUCCAGGUCCUGAGUGCCAGCGACUAUGGCAAAACCGGCGAGGCCGCCUACGACCUGCUCUUCCCCAAGAUUCAAUUGCUAGGCUUUGCAGAGGUUGAUGGAUUCAUCAACAUGGGCGGCUUUAAGCUGCCCAUACGCCAGAACGAUGUGAUCAACGAAGCUCUAUUUGACCUGCGCAUGGUAGGAAGCUACAGCUUCGCCAACAGCCUGACCAAUUCGUCGGGUCUACGCAUGGUGGACUUUAAGCAGACAAUCUAUCUGGCUGGCGUUGAACUAGACAACUGGAACACCCUGUGGAACAUCUCCACCAACAAUUUCUGGAAUCGUUGGAUAAAGACUCUGCUGCCACUUGCCCUCGAGGAGAUUCAGCCCAACGUCACAAACUUCCUAUACCAGAACUUCCUCGUUCCGAAGGUAAACGAUCUGCUGGCCAACGUGAGCAUGGUCGAGUUGGUAAACUUCAUCCAGACCCAGGCUCAACUCUGGGCAAAUGCCAAUUGCAAGCCUUAA